AUGAAUAUUGAAUUGGUGGUUCGUGAGUACACCCUAAAUGACGUUAGCGCCUAUGCGCCGCAUGCGGGCCUAGAUGAGGAGGUUAAACGGUGCUUCUGGGAGGGAUUAGAUGAGAUUGUGCGCCAGGUUCCGCCUGCUGAGAAGCUAUUCAUAGAAGGGGAUUUCAAUGGUCAUAUUGGGUCGAUCUCUGGUGGUUAUGGCGAAGUGCUUGGAGGCUUUGGCUUUGGAAAGAGGAACAGGGGAGGCACCUCGCUUUUGGACUUCGCUAAGGCAUUUGGGUUGGUAAUUGCGAACUCUAGCUUUCCGAAGAGGGCGCAUUUGGUUACUUUUCAGAAUGCAAUGGCAAAGACUCAGAUUGAUUAUCUCUUCCUCAUGAGGUAUGACAGAGGGCUGUAUAAGGAUUGCAAGGUGAUUCCGAGCAAGUUACUCGUGACGCAGCAUAUGCUCUUGGUGAUAGACGUGGGUAUUAUGUUAAAGAGGAGGAAAAGGUCUGCUCGAGGAAGACCAAGAAUUAGGUAG